GCGCCCUUAUUAGCGAGUGUGGAGGGGUCUGCGAGCCAAGUACCAUAAUAGUGGACUACGAACUUGCAGCCAUUAACGCUUUCAAGACGGUCUUGCCAACAUCCGACGUGCGUGGGUGCUUCUUUCAUCUAUCGCAGUGCGUUUAUCGCAAGGUUCAAUCUGAAGGACUGCAAGAACCAUACGCCUGUGAUCCUUAAAUCAACUUGGAGGCCCGCAUGAUACCUGCUCUUUCCAUGGUACCCCGGAGUGAUGUGGAGGAUAUCUUCACCGAACUGGCGUCUAGCGUACACUCAGCUCUGCAACCAGUGAUGGAUUACUUUGAAGAUACCUUCAUAGGACGGCCAACGGCUGGGGGAAGGCGAGACGCACAGUUUCCAGUGAAACUCUGGAAUCACCAUGACACCGUGCUCCAGUGCGACUCCAAGACCACCAACUCGGUGGAAGCAUGGCUCAGGGGCUUCCAGGCUCAUGUGCAGUGCUCUCACCCGUCUCUUUGGAGGUUCCUGGAGGUUCUACAAAGAGAGGAGUGCAUGCAGCUUCACCGGCUCACAGAACUUGAGAUGGGGCAGCGAUUCAAGCCGGAAACAAAGUAUGUGAAGGUUUCCGAGCGCCUGCAGACACUCGCUAGAGAGUAUGACCGCAACCAUGCUCUUCGAUUUCUCAGAGGCGUUGCUCGUAACGUAUCCUUCUAAAUUUUUUA